GCUGAAUAAAUAAAGUAGCGGAAAGUUUAUAUAUCGAUGACUGUUUCACUCGGGGAGUUGCUGAGGGGCACUAUGGUACGGACUUUUUAGCGUGUAACACCCGGUGUUUGAGUUGCGGUAUGGAGUUUCGUUGACUCUGUCCAGUCAGUAAAUCUUCUAUCGUUGGUAUCAUUCUCUUUUGUUACACAGUGAAAUAAAUCGGGAUCACAAACCCGAACAUCAUGGCAGAAAAUAUUAUCAUCCGUGUUCAGUCCCCGAAUGGGAUGAAGAAGAUCCCCGCCACCAAGAAAGAGACAGCAGCCGCUUUCCUCAAUAAGGUGGGCAAAGAGUUUGGCUUCACCUCCAACGGCUUCUCUAUCUUCCUGAACCGCAACAAGACCGAUGAGAUCCAGUCCCAGAAUAAGACCCUCAGCCUGCUCAAGAUCAAACAUGGAGACAUGCUCUUCCUGUACCCCUCGGGCUCCCCAGGACCCUCAGGAGAGACCAUGGAUGUGGCCACGCCUCACUCUUCAUCAUCACUACCCUCAUCCUCGUCUUCAUCAUCCAUGAUGUCACGCUCCCACUCGGGACCCCACAUCCCCGAGGACGAGAUUGACCAGGACCUGGCCAAGCAGGAGGGCAAGAUCUACAGGAACAAAGAUCCACAGCUGUGUCGACAUGGAUCGAUGGGAAAGUGUGUGCACUGCGUACCACUAGAGCCUUUUGACGAAGAGUACUUGAGCCAUCUAGACCCGCCUGUCAAGCACAUGUCAUUCCACGCCUACAUCCGUAAGAUGACAGGAGGCGCUGACAAAGGGAAGUUUGUGGCCCUGGAGAACAUCAGCUGUAAGAUCAAGUCAGGCUGUGAGGGCCACCCUCCCUGGCCAGAGGGGAUCUGCACCAAAUGCCAGCCCAGCGCCAUCACCCUCAACAGACAAAAAUACAGGCAUAUAGACAACAUCAUGUUUGAGAACCACACCAUCGCAGACCGUUUCCUGGACUUCUGGAGGAAGACGGGCAGCCAGAGGAUGGGCUACCUGUACGGCAGGUACACCGAGCACAAAGACAUCCCUCUGGCCAUCCGAGCGGAGGUCGCUGCCAUCUACGAACCCCCGCAGAUUGCCACCCAGAACAGUCUGGAGCUGGUGGAGGACCCUAAAGCUGCAGCCGUAGAGGAGAUCGCAGCUAAGCUGGGCCUGCGUAAGGUGGGGUGGAUAUUCACUGACCUGCUCUCUGAGGACACCAGGAUAGGAACAGUUAAAUACACCAGGAACAAGGACUCGUACUUCCUGAGUGCAGAGGAGUGCAUCACGGCUGGACACUUCCAGAACCAACAGUCUAAUCCCUGCAGACUCUCACCCGACGGACACUUCGGGUCCAAGUUUAUCACUGUGGUGGCCACAGGUGGUCCUGAUAACCAGGUGCACUUUGAGGGUUACCAGGUGUCUAACCAGUGCAUGGCCCUGGUGAGAGACGAGUGCCUACUGCCCUGCCGAGACGCCCCCGAGCUGGGCUACGCUAAAGAGUCCAGCACGGAGCAGUACGUACCGGACGUCUUCUACAAGGACAAAGAUAAAUUUGGCAACGACAUCACAUAUCUAGCCCGGCCUCUUCCCGUGGAGUACCUUAUCAUAGACAUAACCACCACAUUCCCCAAGGACCCACAGUACACAUUCUGCUCCACACAACGCUUCCCCAUUGAGAACAGAGACAUCCUGGGAGAGACACAGGAUUUCCACAGUUUAGCUACGUACCUAUCCCAGUGCACCUCCGCUGUAUUCCUGGACAUUGUGUCAGACUUUCACCUACUCAUCUUUCUGGUCACCAACGAGGUCAUGCCUCUCAGAGACAGCAUUGGUCUGCUGCUGGACGCAGUGAAGACAAAAGAUGAGGAGCUGGCUCAGACCUGGAAGAAGUCUGAGCAGUGGGCCACCAUCGAGCAGCUGUGCAGCACGGUGGGUGGGCAGUCAUCGGGCCCUCAGGAGUUCGGGGCCGUGGGCGGGGGCCCCUCUACCCCAGCGUCGUCCUCAGCCAUGUGGUCUUGCCUCCACUGCACCUUCAUGAACCAGCCAGGCACAGAGCUCUGUGAGAUGUGCAGCCUGCCGAGGGGUUAAACCCCAUCCCUCCUGUGGCCCCCUGCCCUGCUUCCCAAACCCCGCUUCCCAAACCCCUCCUUUACCACCCUGUGUCCAGCCCUGCCCACCUCCCCGUCUCCUUACGCACCAAUGACAUCAUUGCACCGGGAUUGGAUGCUGCAAGCAACUGUGUGAUUGGAUGUCUCCUCCUCUUGGCCCUCUGUUCCUCUGUUCCUCACUUCUCAGACUGCUAAGGGGAUGAUGAGCGUAAAAUGAUGGCACUCGUUUACACAAUCCAAUUAUGUAACAAAGGAUGACUGUGUGCUCUCAAUCCUUUCUCUAUCUCCUCCGUAGCCCCUGACUGAGACCGGCUGGGACAUGUUUUGGUAAAAGCACUUUGGCAACAAGUCUUCUUCCCUAUUUCUCCCCAUGGCCCCUGAUAUUCCUCCAUGACCUGGCUCCAAAAAACGUUGCUGUGCUUCAGGACAACGGCAAAAGAAAGACUGUUGAAUUUGGAUGUUAUCUCUCACUCACACCGACCAGUGCCCCCCCUCGCUGUCACAACUUAUUCUGGAAAAUCUGUUGUGUAAAUAAUAUACAUUAUUUGAGGAAUGAUUGAUGCUGUUUAUUUAAUUACACAUGAAGCAUUUUGUUUUCCUGAUUGUAGCUACAGUAUAUAUCUGGACUUUUGAAUCAGUUUGGGUCAGUUUUGCUCAGUCAGAUGCUACAGUUCUUGUAGAACUCACCCUCCCUUACAGUUCAACAGUUAUCAGACAGUGAUAAGAUCUCUUGAUUGGCCCAAGCUUAGAGACGUUAAAUGUAUCUAUCAUACAGUCUCAUAAAUCUAACCUCUUUAUUUAGUGUUUUCAAUUGCAGGAGUGAUAUUUGUUCUCGGUUGCUCAGGCUCUUCCCCUUGGUUGAUGCCCUGCCCUCAGGAGUACGUUUGGGGAGAUGGUUAUAUUUUUCAUUUGAAUUGGAACUGGCGUACAUGCUCAGUAUUUGUUAAAUCUCCAGUUGAAGCUUAUACUGUAUAGUACACCAUGCCUGUUUUGAUGGCUGCUUUGAGAUGCUUGCUUACUUACUGGGUUAGCUACCUACACACACUCUCGCUCUCUUGCUCUCUCGCGCUCUCUACCUACACUGGCGCCAGUCCAGGGGGGCCAGAGAAUAUCUCCUCUGACGGGCUCCUAUGGAUCUCAUCACUCUGCCUUCAAAGACUCCAUAGGUCACAGGUCAACAUAGUGGGAGAGAAAGAUGCCUUCCAGCAGGCCAAUGUGCUGUGCACCUGGGAUAGAGAGAGGAAGAAAGAUGGUCAGGGAGGGAAAAGGACAUUGCGAAGAGGGGGGGAGAGGGCAGGCAGUGUUGAAGAGCUUUGGGUGUGUUUGCUUUUGUUACAAACAACCAAUAUUUCCCUCCACACUAAAAACUGUACAACUGAACUCAUUCCAUCAGUAGUAAUUUGAUGUCAAAUAACUGAUGUCCACUGCACAAUCAAUUCAGUAGGGAAUGUUUACCCUUCUCAUGCCCCCUUUUUGAGAUCCAGGUUACAGUGAUCCAGGUACACUAUAAUGUCUGAAUAUGAAUGGGUAAGCAGGUAUCAUUGACCUUCCAGACGAGCACUUAUUCCACAAGAGCUCUGUGUCAUCACUGGGGGGGUUGUGUUACUUCACAUGUAUCGCUGAUUCAAUGUAUUCAGCUUUAUAUGCUUGAAAUAAAGUGUGCAAGCCUUUACACUGCUAUUUUGAUGGCAUUCAACUAAGUCGUUGGUUUGAGGUUCCUUUUUGGUUUGAUUUUACUCUAAUUUGACACUGUAGAAGUCAGAUUUAGUCCAACAGAUACCUCAACUUUUUCCAGCCUUGAAGUAUUUCCUGAAGAGGGGCUUGAUUCAAAAUACGUAGCGAGCGUCCAAGAGGUUGGGCCUGUGACUUGAAUUUUUAUCCAAUUUGGGGCUGCUAUCAGGAAAUUGGUAUUUUCAGUUAAAAGGAGAGGGGAGGCGGUCAUGGCUUUCAAAUUAUGCUAUUUAUAAAGCUGUGCUUUUUUUGUAUGAGCUUGGGAGUCAUUUUCAUUGAAGUGAGUAUAUUAGAUUAAUUUGAGAAUGCGUUAAGGUUAUUUUGCCUGUUUCCAUCCCUUUCCCUCUGUGAGUUCUUGCAAAAGAUGAUCUGCUGAUGCCAUGCUAAAGUAUUGACGAACAGAACAUAACAUAUGUCCUAGCUCUGGUCCAGGGGGAUUAUGUGUGGCUUGUUGAUGAAGUUGCACGUAACGCCCUGGACCAGAGCUACAUAAGUCCCAACUUCCCACUCAGAGCUGAAGAAUGGGACCCUGAAAGAAAGUUGUAUGAUGGGGUACACUUGGAUUUAAAUUUUCAAUAUCAAAAAUGCCAGUAAAACAAUAAAAAUAAUUCCUAUCAA